UUUAACUUCUGCCUUUUUCAGAAGAAAUCAGUUCACUCAGAAGAUCCAUUUAACGAUGAACAACGUGAGCGACAUGAAGUAGAAAUGCUAGCCAAGAAGUUCGAGGCAAAAUACGGUGGGAAGCCACACAAACAUCGGAAGGAUCGUCUGCAGGAUCUGAUUGAUAUAGGUUAUGGUUAUGAUGAAACGGACCCAUUCAUAGAUAAUUCUGAAGCGUAUGAUGAAUUAGUUCCUGCAUCACUGACAACUAAAUAUGGGGGAUUUUAUAUCAACACUGGUACCCUGCAGUUCCGCCAGGCAUCGGACUCRGAGGAUGAAGACUUUGCAGACGACAAAAAGCACAUGCCACCUAAAAUAGCAAAGUUGAAAGAAAGUGAAGAUCGUGGAAUGAAGAAGCGCAAGCGGAAGGAUGAAGAGGCGGAGAAGGAGAAGAAACCUCGGAAAAUGAAAGUUCCUAAGCAGCUGGGAGCAAUGGCCUUAAAUUCACACAAGUCUGAAAAGAAGAAAAAGAAAUUAUAUAAAGACUCACUUUCUCUGGCUGCCAUGAUCCGUAAAUUUCAGAAGGAGAAGGAAGCCAUGAGGAAGAAGGAAUCUAGUCCAAAACCUCCAGUGACUAUUGCAACCUCUACCCCUAGUAAAGUUCCUUCUUCCUCUCUCAGCGCAGGAAAUGAUAUCUCUGACUUGAACCUCAGGAUCAGUGAUCCUGUCCUCUCCAUUUUCGGUAGCACAAAUGAACGUGAGCUCCUGCAAGAAGCUGAAAGUGCCCUGGAGAUGCUGGGGGACAUUGACUUUGACAAGCUGCUUGACGGCGCUUCUGAUGGCAGCCCGGUCUCUGAGCUGUCGGGAGAAAAUGGCAAUGUCACUCAGGCAACCUACACCUCUCAGGUCAUGACACCCAAGCAGGUGCCGGCCCUCCCGGAAGGUCUGCCCAUGCUCCUUGAAAAGCGCAUUGGAGACCUUCGCACAGCCGCAAAGAUGUUUGAUGAAGAAGGCAGGAAAAAAUUUUUCACACAAGACAUGAAUAAUAUUCUGCUGGAUAUUGAGCUACAGUUACAGGAGAUAAAUCCUGCCAUCCGCAAUGGAGUGUACUCUCACCUUGAGGCUUUUGUGCCAUGCAAUAAGGACACACUGAUAAAGCGUCUGAAGAAGUUACACCUCAAUGUCCAGGAUGACCGUUUGAGAGAACCACUGCAAAAGCUGAAACUGGCUGUCAGUAAUGUCAUGCCUGAACAGUUAUGCAAAUACCAGGAGGAYUGUCAGGCCCGUAAUCAAGCCAAGAAUGCCAAGUUACAAGCAGAGGAUGAACGAGAGAAAAAUGGAUCGGAGGAAGAUGAUGAUGAGAAGCCUGGAAAGAGGGUUGUAGGACCCAGAAAAAAGUUUCAUUGGGAUGAUACAGUGAGAUCUUUGUUGUGUAAUCUUGUCAAGAUCAAGCUGGGAUGUUAUGAGCUAGAGCCAAAUAGAAGUCAGUCUGCUGAAGAUUACCUCAAAACCUUUAUGGAAACAGAGGUGAAGCCACUUUGGCCUAAGGGCUGGAUGCAGGCAAGGAUGCUUUUUAAAGAAAGCCGAAGUGUUCACAAUCACCUCACUUCUGCUCCGGCAAAAAAGAAGGUGAUUCUGGCACCUAAACCCAAAGCGAAGGACUCCAGUCCAAAGAAAGAACAGAAAACCUGUAUGUCUUCAGUCAAUUCAGGUUGUGCUGCAACACUGAGUUCCAGCACCCCCGCCUGCACCCCAGCCAGCUCUAGCUGCGCACCAGCUCCGGAGACUAUCUGCUUGGAUGAUUCGCUGGAUGAAGACCUUUCUUUCCAUCCACCCUCGUUGGAUUCUAUUUCGGAUGCUCUGGCAGUUCUCAAUAAUGGUGCCAAGGGGUCACCUCUUGGGCCCACUGUAGAAACGCCACCAUCAAGGCCCCGCCCAGGGCUGAGGGAAGAGAAGCUGGCAAGCAUCAUGAGUAAGUUGCCUCUGGCAACUUCAAAGAAAGUAGAGCCUGCUCAAACACCUCAUUCAUCAAGUCUUAUUGCUGGUCACACAGGGCCAGUACCAAAGAAACCCCAGGACUUAGUUCACACUGGUAUCUCUUCAGGCCUUAUUGCUGGAUCUUCAAUUCAAAAUCCUAAGGUUUCCUUAGAGCCUUUGCCAGCCAAACUACUUCAGCAAGGACUACAGCGGUCGAGCCAGAUUCAAGCUGCUUCCUCCUCYUCACAGACCCAUGUUUCUUCCUCUAAAACCCAAGCAGCUAUUUCCACCUCCUCUCAACGACCCAAGGAGUCCAGUAUCAUGGUAUCAUCUUCAGAGACCCCAAGUGGUUCUUCCUCAACAACACAGGUGACAAAGGUGCACCAGCAUUCAGCUGUACAGCAGAAAUAUGUAUCUCCUUUACAAGCAACUAUUAGCAAAUCACAGACCAACCCAGUGGUGAAACUAAGCAGCAAUCCUAAACUGUCUUGUUCCUCACCAGUCCUCAAGACUCAAGAUAAGUCUGUAGUCUAUCGCCUGCCUUUGUCUAACGCCUCGUCUGGAAGCAGCUCACAAGUAUCUCACCCACUGGUUUCUCGGACAACAUCCAGCACCUCUACCUCUAGUAACUAUUUAGCCAAGGCUAUGGUGUCACAGGUUUCUUCCCAGGGUUUCAAGCCUCCCUUCUCCAUGGCUGCCUCUCCUAAACCUGCUGCCUCUCCCAAGUCCACUGCAUCUAAGCCCUCUGUGACACCCAAGCCCAACGCAUCACCUAAAUUUUCAUCUAAGUCCACCUCAUCCCCCAGGCCUGCAACAACACCCAGUUCUUCCAGUUCAAGUGCACUAGUUUCCCAGAGUAGUCACUCCAGCAGCAACCCCCUUCAUAAACAGACCAGUGGUGUAAAUAUCAGCAGGCAGUCUCCCACAGUGAAUUUGCUGCCCUCUAAUCGCACGUCAGGCCUUCAGCCUGCAAAGAACCCUCAGGCUUCUUCAAAAUUGCCCAACUCUUCUCCUUCUGGAACUGUUGGCAAAAAUAAUUUGGGUGGAGUUGGAAUGAAUGUACCUGCCAGCAGAGGCAGUAACCUUAACUCGAGUGGAGCUAGUAGGACUAGUCUGUCUGGGGGAGCAGGAAGUGGAACACAGGGUGCUACUAAGCAGUUGUCAACUCCACACAGACCGUCUUCUGCCUCAGGGUCUCCAGUUGUAGCAGCCAGUGUGCAGUCAACAGCAGGAGCAUCGCUACUGGCGAACGCCUCGCCUCUGACUCUCAUGGCAUCACCACUGUCUGUAACCAGUCAGAACGUGACAUCGGCGCCGUUGGCUCCUUUUGGGAUGCUGGGCGGCCUUGUUCCUGUCACCGUGCCCUUCCAGUUUCCCCUGGAGCUGCUUGGCUUUGGGACGGACACAGCCGGAGUGACAACCACCUCGGGAUCUACCUCAGCAGCUUUCCACCACAGCCUAACUCAGAACUUACUGAAGGGUUUACAGCCAGGUGCUCAGCAUGCAGCAACACUGUCUCACUCACCUCUGCCUGCUCAUUUGCAGCAAGCUUACACAGAUGGAGGCCAAAGUAAAGGGGACACUAAGGUACAGCGGAAAAACCAGUGACUUCUGGACAAGCAAGGGAGUUGAAGCAGUUCUGGUUGGCUGACAGAAUGUGCCCAGUUGGGAAAGUGCUUAUUGUCACAGGGCUGCUGUUUCUGUCGAUGUUUACAUAUUCUGAUCCCAAGCACUGUGGUGAGAGGAAGAAGAAAGAAAACAAUACUUGAUCAAAGAGAGAAGGAAAAGGAGGACUGGUCCUCCUGGUCAUGCAGACUGGUUGUAGUUUGAUCUUGCCUAAAAAAAAAAGAAAGAAAAAAAAAACUUUUAUCUGCUCUGAUUGGCUUUUUUUGAAAAAAUUGGUUGUCAAACCCACAGCAGCACAAACAUAUUUUCUGGGUGAUGUCCAAUGAAAAGUUGAAAGUAUGAGAGGAGCUACAACAGGCUUCAUCCAUUGUGGGAGG